AUGGAUAUCAGGCCGAAUAAUACGAUUUACAUAAACAAUUUAAACGAAAAAGUGAAGAAGGAAGAGCUGAAAAAGUCGCUGUACGCGAUUUUCUCGCAAUUCGGUCAAAUAGUGGACAUAGUGGCGCUAAAAACGCUGAAAAUGCGUGGGCAAGCGUUCGUCAUAUUCAAGGAAAUCCAAAGUUCCACCAACGCGCUCAGAUCGAUGCAGGGAUUCCCCUUCUACGACAAACCAAUGAGAAUACAGUACGCUAAAGUGGACUCUGACGUGAUAUCGAAGCUGAAGGGAACAUUCCAAGAAAGGCCCAAGAAAAUCAGGCCUCCGCCUUCCAAGGAUGAAGACGCACCCAAGAAGAAGAAGAAGAACAAGGACCCCAACAGAAUUCCCGGGGGAAACAAUGCUGAGCAGCCACCCAACCAAAUCCUUUUCCUCACCAAUUUGCCCGACGAAACCAGCGAGAUGAUGUUGAGCAUGUUAUUCAACCAGUUCCCUGGUUUCAAGGAAGUUCGUUUGGUGCCAAACAGGCAUGAUAUUGCUUUUGUGGAGUUUGAGAAUGAAAUGCAAUCGGGGGCUGCCAAAGAUGCCCUGCAAGGUUUUAAAAUCACUCCGACUCAUGCCAUGAAAAUAUCAUUUGCUAAAAAAUAA